AUGUCGAUUGUGGCGAACCGCCCUCCAUUUACCAUCGCGGAUUGGCGCGCAGCGGCUCAGGAGAAGCGCCAGCAGCUAGACGAGAGUAUCCCGGCGUCCUUUUGUCUCCCCGAAGCGCUGCUGCAGCAAGUGCAUAGCGAACAUGGUCCCUACUCUGAACGGCCAACAUUGCUGGACAGUGGCAUUUUGACGAAACUCGACAUUGAGAUCACGUCCAUAGUCAACGUACCAGUGCUGCUGAAGCGGAUCGCGACAAAGCGAUACUCGGCGGUGCAGGUAGCCGAAGCCUUCUGCAAACGUGCCUCCUUGGCACAGCAGUUUACAAGCUGUUUGACUGAGCUGUGGUACGAUGCCGCCAUCAAGAGGGCAAGAUGGUUGGAUGAUUAUCAACGGAGAGAAGGUCGAGUGAUUGGUAUACUCCAUGGGUUGCCAGUGUCAUUAAAGGAUUGUUUCGACGUCGAGGGAGCUAACUCCAAUGCUGGACUCGUCUCCUGGCUGCCGUAUCGUGCCUCCAAGAACUCGUGUGUGGCCCAAGCCUUGCUCAAUGCCGGCGCAGUGUUGUAUGCCAAAACCAGCAGUUCCCAAGCUUUACUCUCGGUCGAGUCAAUCAACAACAUUUUCGGCACCGUCAAGAAUCCUCACAAUACCGAACUUUCGGCCGGGGGCUCAAGCGGAGGUGAAGGUGCCCUUGUAGCAGCCGGAGGGAGCAUUUUGGGUUCCGGGACAGAUGGGGGAGGAAGCCUCCGGUGGCCUGCCGCGUUCUGUGGCCUUUGGACACUCAAACCAUCCAAAGAAAGGGUUCCAGGAGCUGGCAUUUCCGCCCCUAGGAGUGGCUCCGAGUCGGUCAAUGCCGGGAUCGGACCGUUGGCAAAGACUGUGUCAGGGUUGGAACUGUGGAUGCAAGCCCAGUUGGCGUCGGAGCCUUGGAAUUAUACCUUCGGCUGUCUGCCGAUGAAGUGGGAUACGGUCCAAGCACAGCGGCCGUCUGCCACAAAGCUGAAAGUUGGGGUUGUUUGGGAUGAUGGGAUCAUCAAACCGACGCCUCCAGUCACACGUGCCCUCCAGAUUGUCGUCGAGGCACUCUCAAAAGCAGGACACACGAUCGUCUCUCUUCCCAAAGAACGAAUCUUUCCCCUUCAUCGCCGCAGUCUCGGCUGUACGAUGCUGUCAAACGUCCAGGAUGGAGGCCGGACGGUGAUGCGACAUAUCAAUGCUUCAGGAGAGCCUGUAGUGCCGCGAACUGCUGUGGGAUCUGCAGCCUCGGCCUUAACAGCUGAGCAAGUCUUUGACAAUCACCUGCUGCGUGGCCAGCUGGCCUCGGAAUACAACGACAUCUGGAUCGAGUUCGGCCUUGAUACCAUUCUCGCCCCUGCCACCGCGCAUCCAGCAAAUCCACAUGGGAAGUAUAUUAGCAACUCAUACGCCACUGUGUACAACAUGCUAGACUAUGUUGCUGGCGCCGUACCCGUCACAUUCGUUGACCAAGAGUUGGACGUUGCCGAUCGGGAUUGGUACGACGGGGAGAUAUAUGAAAGAGUAGAGCCCGACCGAUUUCCUUACGAUCUUGGGGAUCGAGAAAUGAAGUCUCUCUAUACCUCUCCGGCAGUCUUCAAGGACGCACCAGUUGGUGUGCAGUUUCUCUGUCGCAGACUAAGAGAGGAAAAAUGCAUCGGCAUUCUCAAGGAGGUUGAGCAAUUGCUGGCUGAGAAAACUGGUUGA